CAUUUUUCAUUUUCGUUUUUUCUUCCUAGGGGCGCUGGAGAUUCACGUUUAAAAGGCCAUCCCUCUCUUCCUCAUUCUGGCUUAACUUUCAUUUCCCCCACUCCACUCCCUCUCUCUCUCUUGCGUGUUCUCGGCCAUAACAACCACCUCACAGAUCUCUCUUUGCUCCAUACCACCACAGUCACCUGCGGGCACCUUCACAUCUCCAUUCCAUCUCUUUCGGAUCUACCAUAGCUCUGAACAGCCACCACCUGUAACCAGCAACCCGAACACCACUCUCCAGCCGAGCAAACACCAGCAGCUCCCCCUCUCCUCUCUCGGGUCCCCUUCACAAGCCCCAGACACCAUCCUCAACACCACCACCUGUCAUACCUCCCUGCGGAUCCAGUCUUAGACCACCCGAACACAGCAACACCACCAACGGCCGUGAGUUUCUCCAGACCCGCCACAACUCCACGACAGAUCCCCUCGGCAUCUCUCCCUUUCUUGUCCUCACCGAGCCGCAGCCACUACUCGCACACAGCUCCCUAAUAUCUCCAUCCCAUCUCUCACCCUCACCCGGGGGAACCCUUAAGCACCAUCUCUCGGCCCUCCUCAGAACCACCAUCUCUCACUCUCCUUCACCUCUACCAGAAACCCACGGCAAAAACCAGAUCUCCCUCAUCUCCUCCAUUCCCCUUCUCUCCAUAACAACCACCUCACAGCUCUCCCUCUCUGGUUCUCGGUCUUUCCUAGCAGCUCACUACACUAACCACCGAGACCAGAGCCAUCCCCGAGCCACCACACCACAGUCAUACUCCCCAUCUACCUCACUGCCUCCACUCACCCAACACCAGCAGUAGCCACUAGCCACUGCAACUCCAGCAACCUGUAGCUCUCCCUCACCCCCUCACAGUUUCAUCUCCGCCUCUCCAGACUACCCACGGCCAUCAGUAGCAGCAACCCCUUCCAUCCCAGUUAUGCCCAACAAGGAGAAGUAGCCUACCUCACGGCCAGCCACCACCAUUCUCACAGCCUCAGAUAACUUUCCCAGCAAAAUCAACAACCCUCUUGUGUUCAAUUUCCCCGGUUCUAAAAUUUUCCAUCUGGGUAAGUUUGAUUGUUGAGGAUUGGAGUUGAUCUCGUUUUUGUCUUUGAUUACUGGGCUCUGUUAAGAUCAUUGGUGUUGGGAUAGUUGUGAAGAGAUUUUAUCAUAAAAAUUUGCUCCUGCUCAUUGUUGUGAUUCAAAAAAAAACCCCACCACCUAUUUGAUAAAAUUCCUAAAUUAAGUUUGUGUUUAGAUGGAUGGUUAAAAGAGUUUUGGGGGGUGGCAGCAUCAACUGGGAUUUUAGUUUGUGCUCGUGGGAGUCAAAUUUGAUUUCAAAAGAAGAUCUUUUCUCUCUCCUACCCUUUGGUCCCUCCUCCUUCUCUCUUCGAUUUCGGGCUGGAUUUUCGCCGGUUCGAGGAUCUGAGGUCACCACGACGCUCUUAGGAAAGUUCUCUGCAAAUCUGCUGGAGCGGAUCGUCGGUGUGGCUGAGGGUGUUAAGUUGGAAACCCUGCGGGUGCGGGACAAAUUUUCUUAUGGGCUUUUUAAGAAUCAGCCCUUGAUAGGAGAGCGAGUAAAACCCUACUGAACUAGUACGGUUGGUCUACCCUUCCAGAAGGAUAAGUAUUUUGAUAGGGUCGGUUGUCUUUUGUGGAAAUGACCCUAAGAUGUCUUUUUGGGUUAAGUGUUGUGUAUAUAUAUAUAGUGAUUGCAGUAACUCUGAUGUUGUGAUGUAUGAUAUAAUGAGAUGUUUAUGAUUGUAUGUUUCCUACUGCUUA